CGGAAUCGAUUAAGCGAAUCUCCCACGACACGCCUUAUUCUUUCCAUGUGGCAUCUUGUGGAGAUCAUCGUGUGGUGAUCACUUUCCGUAUUGAUGACUGAAAAAGAAAAUAACUUGGGUAUAUUUCAUUGUUUGAAUCAACAAGCAAUGCAAACGUUUCAGUUUCCAGAGCGUUUAUGUUACUCUCUAUCAGAUAGUGACUUGGAGAGACUUUUAGAACAGUCUCUAGAUUUUUGGGAUGACAAGAAAGUAUUAAAUGAUAUUGGACUAUUUCCUAUUCCAGAGGAAGAAGAAGAAGAACCACUUCAACACUACCUAAAAGCAGUUGCAGUUCCUCGAAGAAACUCGAUUUUCAAGGAAGAUACAAAUAUAAUAGGAACCGUUUGGAGUAGAGUACAAAAGUCCGCUUAGAAUACUUGCUCUUUCUUUAUGGCGCGGUUGGAAUUGCUUGUUCAAGGGUGAACAAUGACUUUGUGAGCGGAUAAACAAGUCUUUUGGUAAUGUACUUGUCUUGGGUGCAAAAUUUAGAUGUAAAUAAACCGUAUAUAUUUACAACAGUUC